AGCCAGUCUCCCCAUAAGUUUCUCCAUUCUUUACUUCUACAACGCUUAUUUCGCAUUUUUUGUUAUUUUCUUCGUUUCCUCAAUUCUCUAGGGUUUCCGCAGAAUCGUUCUCAACUUUUUUCCCUUAUAUUUCUCUUUGAUCCGUUUUCUUCGAAAAGUUACAAAAGGGGAUUCGUGAAGGAGUUCGUAUUCUGGUUCACGAUAUCAUAUUAAUUUAUAUCUGAAUGAACUGAUGGAGUCUAAGGGUGGGAAAAAGAAGUCUAGUAGUAGUAGUAGUAAUAAAUCAUUGAUCUACGAAGCACCCCUCGGAUACAGCAUUGAAGACCUUCGCCCUGCCGGUGGAAUCAAGAAAUUCAGAUCAGCUGCAUACUCCAACUGCGUUCGCAAGCCAUCCUGACUCUCCCGUGCUCUGAUAUAACCCCUUGAGCUCGUUUAAACUGCAUCCAAACAAUACACUGUCUCUCUUUCUUUCCUCCCUCUCUUCCCCUCUUCUCUUGCUGUCUACUCUCUUUAACUCUCGUCCGUUUCAACUUUCUGCAUCCUUCGCUCGUCCUUUGCUCCUUUCAGCGUUUUUUUAUUUGUUCGCUUAAAAAUGGCCGAUCAAGUUUCUGCAAUCGGGUUUGAAGGCUUUGAGAAGAGGCUCGAAGUUUCAUUUUUUGAGCCUGGACUCUUCGCUGAUCCAGGGGGUAUGGGCUUCCGAUCUCUGUCUAAGUCUCAAUUGGAUGAGAUUCUAAAGCCAGCUGAGUGCACUAUUGUUUCUUCGCUGUCUAAUGAUCAACUUGAUUCAUAUGUUCUCUCAGAAUCUAGCUUCUUUGUGUACCCUUACAAAGUCAUUAUCAAAACUUGCGGGACUACUAAACUGCUACUCUCUAUCCCUGCCAUACUGAAGCUGGCUAGCUCCCUAUCUCUUGCUGUAAGAUCUGUGAAAUACACUCGUGGGAACUUUAUCUUUCCCGGUGCUCAGUCUUAUCCCCACCGUAGCUUUUCAGAGGAAGUUGCUGUCCUCGAUAGCUACUUUGGCAAGCUUGGUUUGUCCAGCAGUGCUUACAUGAUGGGCAGCCCUGAUCAACCACAGAAGUGGCAUGUGUACUCUGCCCACGCUGAAUUGGCUAGCCUGGUUUUCGGUUCUCAGCAGACUGGGUCAGUGCAUACUCUCGAGAUGUGCAUGACAGGUCUCGAUAGAGAAAGUGCUUCUGUCUUUUACAAAACCCAAGCCAGCUCUGCCACUGGGAUGACUGAGAAUUCUGGAAUCAGGAAGAUUCUCCCCCAAUCUGAAAUAUGUGAUUUUGAGUUUGAGCCAUGUGGCUACUCCAUGAACUCUAUUGAAGGGGACGCAAUCUCUACUAUCCAUGUGACCCCGGAAGAUGGGUUCAGCUAUGCAAGCUUUGAAACGAUGGGGUAUGAUUUCGAAAAGGUUGAUCUGAGCCAGCUGCUUGAGAGGGUCUUGGUUUGCUUCCAGCCAAAUGAAUUCUCCGUGGCUCUGCACUCUAAUGUUGUGAACGAAGACCUUGUACACAAGUUCCCAGUGCACCUGAAGGGCUACUCUGUUGGAGAAAAGAACACUGAAGCGCUCGGCAUGGGUGGAAGUAUCAUCUACUACAGCUUUGUUAAGGAUGCAGAGAGUGCAUCUCCCCGGUCAAUUCUGAAACGCUGUUGGAGCGAGGACGAGAAGGAUUCAGGAGGUGAAUCCGACGAGAAUUAGUUUCUUUCUUCCUUCGUUUAUUUCGGAUGUGGUUUUUCUAUUAGUAUUGUCGUUGAAUAAAACAAACUUUUGGGGUUAUGGUUUGUUCUUUUGUCAUUGUUUUUAUGUAUUUGAACUACUACUGUUCCGUUUGAAUGUCUGUUUCUGAUAUGGUAUAGGCGAGAUGCUUUUUAAUCUUCUAGAGUUGAGAGUAUUGGUCCUAUCUAAAUAAAUAAAUGAAUGUGUUAUUAUA